UACGCAAAGUUUUAUAUCCCGUAAAGAAGUUUAAAAAGUGAUGCAUGCUGAAAGUUGAAGAAAAGUUAUUGCUUUUGCUUUAACUUGGAUUUUUAGAAUUAUUACCUUGACAAAAGGUUGUCACAAUAGAAGAGUACGGGGUUUACACGAUGCUGCCUGCGCAGCAGCUCGCGCCCAUCAGCCCCUGGCCGCCCGACGCCAACCUGCUCGACCGCAUGGACGACCUCGCCCACAAAGGUAAAGGAGGGAGACCGUUGCCCGACUCCACGCGGCAGAAGAUAGUCGAGCUGGCGCAUUCGGGCGCGCGCCCCUGCGAUAUCAGCCGCAUCUUGCAGGUCUCCAAUGGAUGCGUCUCCAAGAUACUUGGCAGGUAUUACGAGACAGGGUCUAUAAGACCCCGUGCGAUAGGCGGCUCGAAGCCGCGCGUCGCCACCGCGGAAGUGGUCAGUAAGAUCGCCCAGUACAAACGCGAGUGCCCCUCGAUCUUCGCCUGGGAGAUCAGGGAUCGCUUGCUCAGCGAAGGAGUUUGUACUUCGGAUAACAUACCCAGUGUGUCAUCAAUAAACCGCGUACUCCGUAACCUCGCCGCUCAAAAGGAGAAGUCUAGCAAUCAGCAAACAGGUUCUGAUUGUUCUACGCCAGUAUACGAGCGUCUGCGGUUGCUCGGAGCCCCGGCCUCCGCACCCGCAUGGCCGAGGGCGCCGUGGCCCACGCAGAUCGACACGAGGACUCCGCCUUACCAGCUGCACAGCCUUAGCCCCGGACCACAAGCUAUAAACUGCGGUGCUGAUAUGCCAGUUAUGAAGAAAGGUGAAGAAGCAAUAGAAGGUCUAGAAGGUCUGCACUCCGAUGAGACGGGUUCCGGUGACAAUUCUAACGCGGGGUCGAGCGGCGCGGAUGAUGACGCAGCUCGUCUCCGGCUCAAGCGCAAGCUGCAGCGCAACCGCACUAGCUUCACUAACGAACAGAUAGAUAGCUUGGAGCGAGAAUUCGAGAGAACGCAUUAUCCAGACGUAUUCGCCAGAGAGCGGCUGGCUGCUAAGAUAGGAUUGCCUGAGGCGAGGAUACAGGUGUGGUUCUCGAAUCGACGCGCGAAGUGGCGGCGGGAGGAGAAGAUACGGUCGCAGCGACGCAGCCCGGAGUGCGCGUUCGCCGCCCAGACGCACGUGCCCACGCAUGCCGCGCAUCCCACGCAUCCCGCGCAUCCCACGCAUCCGGCGCAUCCCACGCACCCGGCGCAUCCCACGCAGCCGCCGCAUCCCACUUACCAGCCGCCGCUCAAUGUUGAUACAUACAGUCCCCUGACUCCAAUGGGCUAUGGCAGUGGUCUACCAGAGGGUCCGCUAUGCGAGAGCGGAGAGACGGACCUGUGCAAGAGCGGGUUUGGAUACCCGCGCUACGAGCUUGGUUACCGCGCGCCGCACGCCUACGUCAACCAUAACUACCAACACGAAGCUGCGUCGCCCACACCAGAAUUAGGAGGUCUCCUCGGUGCCGGUGUGUCUGUUCCUCUGGCAGUACCAGGUCACGACGCGCAAUACUGGUCGCGCCUGCAGUGACCUUGGUGGCACUAGCUUAGCACUUGCUUACCGCACGCAC